AUGGCACAAACAACGUAUGUAACUGGUACAGGUCCGUUUGGUUUGGCAGUGGCCGAUGUCAAUAACGACAGUAAACCCGACAUUAUUGUCGCAAACAUUGGUAAUGCCACUAUCAGUGUUUUCCUCAACAUUGAUAAUGGUACGUUUACUGCACAGACAACUUACUCAAUUGGCACGUGGCCAGUCGGUGUGGCAGUACUCGAUGUCAAUAACGACAGUCAACCAGACAUUAUUGUCUCACACAGGUAUGCUCACAACGUUCGUAUUCUCCUCAAUAUCGGCAAUGGUACUUUUACUACCCAAACCACUUACUCUACUGAUGGCGAUCCAUACAGUGUGGUAAUAAAUGAUGUCAAUAACGACAACAAAUUCGAUAUUAUUGUUCCGAACUCUCUAAGUAAUAAUGUCGGUGUUCUCCUGGGUAUCGAUAACGGUACAUUUGCUGCACAAACAACUUAUUUAACUGGCUUAACCCCGUUCGAUGUGGCAGUAGUGGAUGUUAAUAACGACGGCAAUCCAGACAUUAUUGCUCCAAAUCAUGGUAGUAAUUACGUCAGUGUUUUAUUCAACACAGGUAAUGGCACGUUUACUUCGAAAACAAUUUACGUAACUGACAGUGGUCAGUACGGUGUGGCAGUAGUCGAUGUUAAUAACGACACCAACCCAGACAUUAUUGUUACAAACAGUGGUAAUUGCAACGUCGGUGUUCUCCUGAACACAGGUAAUGGCACGUUUACUGCACAAACAACUUACUCAGUUGGAACCCACCCGUUGAAUGUGGUAGUGCUCGAUGUUAAUAACGACGGCAAACCGGAUAUUAUUGUCGUGAACUAUUUGAGUCACAAUGUCGGCGUUCUCCUCAACACCGGCAACGGUAAGUUUUCUGCACAAACAACUUACGCAACUGGCACCCAACCACGAGAUUUGGUCGUGAUCGAUGUCAAUAAUGAUGGCAAACCCGACAUUAUUGUCACAAAUGAAGAGGGUAACACUGUUAGUGUUUUAUUGGCUUGUUAA